CCAGCUGGAUUGUUUUCUCUUGUCAAGGUUGAGGAUCUGUUCCUGACUUUUGCUAAGAAGGCAUCUGCCUUCAACAGUUGGUUUGAGAAUGCUGAGGAGGACCUGACAGAUCCCGUGCGCUGUAACUCGCUGGAAGAAAUCAAAGCGCUGCGAGAAGCUCACGACGCUUUCCGUUCCUCACUCAGCUCUGCCCAGGCUGACUUCAACCAGCUGGCAGAGCUCGAUCGCCAGAUCAAGAGCUUCCGUGUGGCCUCCAACCCAUACACGUGGUUUACUAUGGAGGCUCUUGAAGAAACCUGGAGGAAUCUGCAGAAAAUUAUCAAGGCAAGUCAGAGAGAGAGACACUCUGGAUUGUUUUCUCUUGUCAAGGUUGAGGAUCUGUUCCUGACUUUUGCUAAGAAGGCAUCUGCCUUCAACAGUUGGUUUGAGAAUGCUGAGGAGGACCUGACAGAUCCCGUGCGCUGUAACUCGCUGGAAGAAAUCAAAGCGCUGCGAGAAGCUCACGACGCUUUCCGUUCCUCACUCAGCUCUGCCCAGGCUGACUUCAACCAGCUGGCAGAGCUCGAUCGCCAGAUCAAGAGCUUCCGUGUGGCCUCCAACCCAUACACGUGGUUUACUAUGGAGGCUCUUGAAGAAACCUGGAGGAAUCUGCAGAAAAUUAUCAAGGAACGUGAAUUGGAGCUGCAGAAGGAACAGCGAAGGCAGGAGGAAAAUGACAAACUGCGGCAGGAGUUUGCUCAGCAUGCCAAUGCUUUCCACCAGUGGAUCCAGGAGACCAGGACUUACCUGCUAGAUGGCAUAGCAUAUCGUCGUGUCAUUCGUGUCUAUCAGUAUGAAGUUGGGGAUGAUCUAUCUGGAAGGUCUUGCAUGGUGGAGGAAUCGGGAACGCUGGAAUCGCAGCUGGAAGCCACUAAACGCAAGCACCAAGAGAUCCGAGCUAUGAGGAGCCAGCUGAAGAAGAUUGAGGACCUUGGGGCAGCCAUGGAAGAGGCCCUUAUCUUGGACAACAAAUACACAGAGCACAGCACGGUGGGGCUGGCGCAGCAGUGGGACCAGCUCGACCAGCUGGGGAUGAGGAUGCAGCACAACCUGGAGCAGCAGAUCCAAGCUCGAAACACCACCGGAGUCACUGAGGAGGCCCUGAAGGAGUUCAGCAUGAUGUUCAAGCACUUUGACAAGGACAAAUCUGGACGACUUAAUCACCAGGAGUUUAAGUCCUGCUUGCGCUCUCUCGGCUACGACCUGCCCAUGGUUGAGGAAGGAGAGCCAGACCCAGAGUUUGAGUCUAUUCUUGACACUGUGGAUCCCAACAGGGAUGGACACGUCUCGCUGCAGGAGUACAUGGCGUUCAUGAUCAGCAGGGAAACGGAGAACGUGAAAUCCAGCGAGGAGAUCGAGAGCGCCUUCCGCGCCCUCAGCUCGGAGGGGAAGCCCUACGUGACCAAGGAGGAGCUCUACCAGAACCUGACCCGGGAACAAGCCGAUUACUGCAUUUCUCACAUGAAGCCCUACAUGGAUGGCAAAGGCAGAGAACUUCCUUCUGCCUACGACUACAUAGAAUUUACACGUUCACUCUUUGUGAAUUGAUCUAAAACACUAGUACCAAAAGUUGCAAAGAACAUGCUCACGUUUGCUGACUGUAGCUCUGCAUGUGUCUCCCUCUCUCUCUCUCUUUGUGCUCUACAAUAAUCAAUGUUACUUUAUGAUGUAACCUUAAAGUGCUUAGCUUGAAACUCUUAGGGAAAACAAACAUAUUGCAGUGUGCUUCAAUAAAAGUUACUGGUCGAACCACA